GUCAAGAAGAAGGUAUGGCGGACGAUGUUAUUCAGCCGUGAGUUUUUUGUCGAUAAUGUCGGAAUUCGCGCAAAUAUCACGCUUGAAAGAAGAAAAUAAGAAGGCUUUGCUGGAACGCCAACAGCGACUACUCACGUGUGAACGAUUUAAGGAAGACUACGAGAAACUCGAGGCUUUAUUGAACACUCUUCCAAACAAAACUUCCCACGAGGUUAUGGUUCCAUUUGGAUCUGUAGCCUUUAUGCCAGGAAAACUUGUUCACACUAAUGAGAUUAUGGUGCUUCUUGGAGACAACUGGUUUGCAGAGCGUUCAGGCAGUCAAGCUCUUGAAAUGGUGGAGAGACGAAAAAAAUGUACUGUCAUUUACUUCAUGUACAUGGUAAUCUUUACUUGCAUUAUUUACAAUGACCUUUCCUUGUUAGAUCUGGAGAAAGAUAUCACUGGAAUCAAGGAAGACUUGAAGAAUUUUCAAUCAGCAUUAAGCUUUGCCUCAGAAAUUCAGUCUGUUGCUGAGGAAAAUUCAGAUGUAAAAGAAAUCAAAGAAGAGCUUUCGUCACAAGAGGAGGAGAGAUUUUUAACUCAACAUUCUCGAAAGGCACAUCCUAAAGUUGAAAGAUUAGGUGGCGCAAAGAAAGUUCUAGGACUAAGGAGUGAUCGAAAGGAGAAAGUUACGAUGAAAGCAAUUGAAGUGCAGAAAGUGUCAUCAGAGGAGUGGUCUUUGUUUGCAAGACUAGAUGAACUGGAAGAAAAGGAAACCAGAAAUGCUGAACUAGACCAAGUUGGACAGGAUGAUUCUAUUGAUGAAAAUAGUACAGGUGAACACACAAAGAUACAAGGUGAUGGAGGAAAAGUAGAAAAGGAGGAAAGAGAAAAAACAAAUGAAACCAAAAAGAAAGUUACUUGGAAGAUGCACUAUGUUAAGGAUGAGACUGAAGUAAGCUCAACUGAUUCCACUGCAAGUGAAGAUGAUGACGAGAAUGAUAACAACUCCCAAAGAUUCUUGUGAAAAGCUCACCGUUACAAGCCCAGCAGACAUCUACUCACAGUUCACUUCUAAAAGAGAAUUAAAAUCCAUUUUAAGAAAGCCCUCUGUUGAAGAAAAAGGCAAAAAAGACUUUGUAGAGGAUACAUCUGUUACUGCGCAACAAUCUCCUGCUAAUAUUGUCAAAGAUAAGGUGCAGACAGAAGACUUCAACUCUCAGAAGGCAUUCACAGGGAGUGUAGUUGAGAAGGCUACUGUGCAGAUGAUCAGACAAGAGAGUUCUCAACUGCAGUCAAGUACAUCCCAACCAGGAAAGAAGCUUUCAAGAUUCAAAGCCGCAAGACAGAAGCAACAAUAAAAUUUUCUUAAUUGUGA